AUGAUAGAAAGAGAUAAAAAUAUUAACUGGAAUCCCCCUAAGAGAUCCCAGCUGAAAUUAAACAUUGAUGCAGCUUGGAUCUCUGCUGAUUUGCCAGCAGGUUUUUCUUUAAUUCUUAGAAAUGAUGCAGAAAUUCUUGAACAAGGAAGAGCAGGAGCAUUCACAGCCUCUACCCCUGAAGAAGCGGAAGAACUAGGACUGUUGCAGGGAGCAAAAUGGGCGACAGAAAUUGGUCUAUCCAACUUUACAAUAGAAGGAGAUUGCAAGAACCUUUUUGAUUACCUUAAUGGAAAUGAAUCCUAUUUAGAAUGGCAAAACAUACCUAUCUUAGAUGAAGCUGUCAAUGAACUCGAGUCUUGUAUUAUUUUUUGGGGUUUUUAUUUUGUAUAA